GGAAGAUGGUUGUGGCCGCCUCAAGGGCGGAGGCCUAGGCUGAGCUGGAGGGUAGUGUGGCUGCCGCUCCGGGCUGGGCUGGGCGUCCUCCGCAGCCAUGAUGCUGAAGGUGUUGAAGCUGAUGCGCGAGUACUGGGCGCUGUCACUGGUGCCGAUGGGUUUCGUGAUGGGCUGGUGGUUGGACCGGCGCAACGACGAGCGUCUGACCAGCUGCCGCAACCGCAGCAUGCUCUUCAGGAGGGAGCUGAAACCAGGUGAAGAAGUUACUUGGAAAUGAAAGACCUUGAUGAAGUGGGAAGUGCUCUGAUGCAAUUAAAUCAAUGUAUAACAAGUAGAUGAAGUUAUUGUGUCAUCCCUAGAACAGAAACCAUGUCUUUACUCUUCUUGUACUCUCUGUUUCUAAGACAGAAAUUGUAAGGCCACUAAAAGGACUGUAUCAUGAUUUACAUCUGCCAACAUUAUUUUCUGUUUGGUUUUCUUCUUGAGCAACAGUUUUAUCAUAUAAUGAGGAUUAUAUCCUAUUCAGAAAUACUUUUUUCACAUGAUAAAUAUUGGUUGGGGGAGUAUUCGACAGAAACCUAUGCAAAGAGCACUUCAACCUAUGGUCAUUGAUCAUUUUAUGAUGUUUCCUAUGUAUAAAGAAUCAGCCUUAAAAAUAAACUUGUUAGGCUCA